AUGGAGCUAUUUUCAUUGGAGUCUGAUUGUGAAAAGAUGAAGAGAAUGAGAAGUUCUUGGCACAACGUUGUUGUUCUUGUUGGGUUCCUUCUAGCACUCAAUUUAGCAGCAUUUUUUGCUGAAUUAUCACAAGAAACUGUGAGAAGAAGUGUGAACGAGUGCCUCGUCACCCUGGGAGUCAAGUUCCUCAACUUCUGCAUUGCCAAAUCCACACAGUUCAGAUAUGCUGGUCCUCUGCAAGCUCAGCCAUCGUUUAUGCCACUCGUGUUCUGGUACACACUGGCGCAGUCUGUCUCAUCUCUGUAUUCAUGA